CGGUGAAGUUUGACCGCGGCGGGCCGCCGUCGUCGCCCGUCGCUCCCCGCAACAACAUUGCUGAGCUCAGCUGUCACAACUUCUUUUUCGACUGCGCUGCGCAGAUUGACAUUUGGACAAUUUUCUCCCCUCGGCCACGCGCGGAGUCAGUUCGUUGCGCCGCGUGUUGUUUUCCGUACGAGAACCGACGCGACUUUGCUCCGAAUUCACUUUAAUAGUUGGCAUCACAAAGUAAGUGGUCAUGAUGCUGUCAAGACGUGACGGAAAAUUUCAACUGAAAACAACAGACACUGCGCAAAAGGUUUCUUCCCUGUCCUUCGGAAAGGAUUGAUGCUCGAGUGAUGGAGAACGAAGAGCAGAGCUUUGCAGAAGAAGGGGCCAGCGCGACUCCAAAGCGAGGACUGCUCCACAUUUGGCAGUCGGGGGGACCGAGCGAGCCGCCGAGCCCAGAAAGAGUGCUUCUUUCUCGGUCUGUCCUCCAGGUCGCCCUGGGAGAACAUCAUGGACUCCUGCUGGCACAGGGUGGUCACGUUUAUUCCUUUGGAGAGCUGCUGUGGAGGGGCCUCAGUGUUCCGCCGUCCGCUCCAUUGUUGGAAGCCUCCCUGGGGGGGAUGACCGUGGUGCACGUGGCUUGCGGCGGUUUUCAUUGCGGGGCCUUGAGCGAGCAGGGUGGCAUGUACAUGUGGGGGGAGAAUACUGCAGGGCAGUGCGGGCCAACCGAGGGAGACGCCGACUCAAACGUGACUGUUGCAGACCCAUACCUGCUGGCCGUGGUGGACAACGAGGUGGUUCCACCCUCGACAGUUCGGAUUGUGGAUCUGGCCUGCGGACGGGAGCACAGUCUGGCUUUGUCGGCCCAGAAUGAGCUGUGGGCCUGGGGCAGCGGAUGUCAGCUCGGCCUUGUCACAAGCAACUUCCCUGUGUGGCAACCUCAAAAGGUGGAACAUUUGGCCGGCAGGCAUGUGAUUCAGGUGGCUUGCGGGGCCUACCACAGCCUCGCUCUGGUCCGUUGUCUCCACCCAAAAACCCUCAACACUCCAAAACCGCAAGAGAGGCGGGGAUCACAGUGGGAUGAGCCUUUUGCUUCUGACGAUGCGCACUACUGUCCGCUCGGAGUGGAGCUUACGGAAAACACGGGAGCAGAGACUCCAGCCAGAAGACCUUCCAGACAAAGGCUUCGCCCAGCUGGCAUUAGCCAUGGAUCGCAAGCUCAUCUUUGUCCACACUCCCACAGCAUAUCUGACAAAAAGAAUGUUCUCCUGUCUGGUAGCGUAAUUGAGCCCGACGACCACGUUGACCCUCUAACCCAGACGGACAGCUGCACCGCAUCGUACCCGCUGCCAGCCACGACAGAUAAAAAGAAAGCUGCUUUGCCUAAUGAGCAGGAGCUUCACAAGCUCCUCCAGAAACUCUCCGGUCACUCAUUAGAGAUGCAACACAGCAGAAGGCUCGGAGACGCAGACUCACUGAGCAGUCAGACCUCAGAUGACAGCUACGUUUCUUCAACUCCUUCCAAUGAACUGCUACACACCAGAUGUGAAAACGACCUGACAUUUAGUGAGGUAGUCCGGUCCUCAUCCCUCGUGGGCUUGGAAGAGGGUUCUGUGUGGAAGAAAAAAAUAACGCUGGAGCACAAGAGCUCGAGUCUGACAGACAUAAACCAGAAAGGGAAAACGGGAACCAGGAGAUGCUCCCUACCCGGAACACCCACCCAUGCAACCCAAAGGCGACAUUAUAGUAGCAAGCCAUCCUCUUUUUCAGAGGACAGGCUUCCGUCAUUGGAGACGGAGGUGUGGAGCUGGGGCAGAGGCUCUGAAGGGCAACUGGGGCACGGCGAUCAACUGGCCAGACUCCAGCCUCUUUGUAUUAAGUGGUUGACAGGCGAGGAUGUGAUCAAAGUCGCCGCAGGAUCACACCAUUCACUGGCGCUCACCGCUCAGUGCCAGAAAAAAAAAAAAGAAAUCCAAAAUCCUUCGAAAUACUGUACAAGGUUAGAGACAGAGCACUCUUUUAUGCAGGUCUACUCAUGGGGCAGCAACAUGUGCGGGCAACUCGGUCACGUCAACAGUCCUGUUACAGUCCCACAACAGGCUAAGCUGUCCAAUGGUCUUCGGGCGUGGGACGUGUCGGGGGGCCAGAGCCACUCCCUCCUCCUGGCUGAUGGAGAACGUGACCAGCCCCUCCUGCUGUACUGCGGGCAGCAGCAGGAGCCGAGGUCCAAGCAGAGUGAGACAUCCUGCCGAGCCGCCAGAUCGUGCCAGCUGUCACCCAACAGGGCUGAAAGUUACACAGUCAGACCCACGUUGACGCCGUUUUGCAUGGAGAUGGGUUACAUCAGCAGUGUAUGCAGUGGUGGUCAAAGGUGCGCGCUGCUGGCCAACCAGAACAUCAUCGGUGUAAUCGCGGGCGUCCACGAGCUGGCUUCCGUCGAGAGGAGGUUUUACUGCUGGUUGAGCAGCCUAAGAAAGCUGCUUCUUACUCCCCUCUUCAACAAAGAGAGCGCAUCUCCAUCCCUCGGUGAUCCCUGCACUCGUCUCUUCCUCUCCCUUUAUAAGAGUUUUGUUCAACUGAGCAACCUCAUUGGUCAACACGCAACGUCGCUCACCCAAUUCCUGCACAACAUGCUGCGUCGGGACGUGGCUUCCCUUCCCCUGCUCACGCACAUUCAGCACUUCCUGGAUGCUUAUACUAAGUAUUGCACCGCUGUAGGGGACUUUCAAGUCAUGGGUGGAUUUCAGUUGCUCCAUAAACUCUCGCUAGAGUGUUUAGGUUCCAAGCAGACCAAACUCGCUCAACUUUUUGAACCGGAGCCGUCGGUGAGUGGCGAGGCCGAUCUGGGUUUCUUGUUGUAUUGGCCUCUGCAGCAGCUUCAGCAGUAUGUGCGAAUCCUGCCCAAACUGGAAGCCUGCUACGAUGUGCUUACAAAAGAGUACCAGUUCCUACAUCAGAGCUGUAUGCAGUACGAACACCUUUCUGAAACACUGCAGAGGAGGAAGAAGGACGCUGAAGUGACUUUCGUCUUCUGGAAGACUCACUCUGGGAAAAACACAGAGGGUCUGCGUCUCCCACAGCGGCGCGUGUUAUGUGAAAGCAGCAACAGAGCCUUGACUCUGCAGGGCGCUGGCCGCUUUUCCAACCACUGGUUCAUACUGUUCAACGACGCGCUGGUUCACAUACAGCGUGCCUCUCCUCCAAAGGGUCUUUUCUCCACUCAUCGUGUCUACCCUGUGAAUCUUUUGUGGGUAAAACCACUUCCUGAAAACGACAGUGGAUGCUAUGCCAUCAAAAUGUCAUGUCCAGAAGAGACCUUCAUCCUGGUGGCCUCAACACCACAAGAGAAGAACAAGUGGCUGCAUUUUCUUAAUCAAGAGGUUGACCGGGUGCUGAGUGGCGGAGGUCAAGGUUCACCGCCAGGAAUAACAGCCAUAUCCCGCACGGCCUCCUACACCUUCACCGGAGACGGACGAUUCAAGGAUGCACAGUAUACGGGGAGCUGGCUGGCUGGACGAGUUCAUGGCAGAGGAACGAUGAGAUGGCAGGAUGGACGCACGUACACCGGGAACUUUAAAAAUGGACUGGAGGACGGCUAUGGCGAGUGCAUGAUUCCUGACAAACUGCUGAAUAAAGCGGGCUGCUACCAGGGGCAGUGGCGUGAUGGCAAGAUACACGGCUUCGGGAUCUACAGGUCAGUCGACGGUCUCUGCAGAUCUGCUUCUCGUUGGGUCCUGUUAAGUUUGUUUCUCCCAAUGUUGGACUUGCUCAGGUAUGCCACGGGCGAGGUCUACGAGGGCUGCUUCAACGAAGGCCAGCGCCACGGCUACGGGAUGCUGCGCUCUGGCAAGAUGGACAAGACUUUUUCGGGAGUCUUCAUCGGCCAGUGGCUCUGUGACAAGAGGAGUGGAUAUGGCGUCUAUGAUGACAUCACCAGGGGAGAGAAGUACAUGGGAAUGUGGUCGGAUGAUGAGAGGCACGGGAGCGCUGUGGUCGUGACCCAGUACGGUGUUUACUUUGAAGGGAACUUCAGGGAAAGCAAGAUGAGUGGUCUUGGUUUGCUGGUAUCGGACGAUGACACGGGCUUCCACGGGGAGUUUUCUGAAGACUGGACAGUCAGCGGGAAGGGCAUUUUGUCCCUUGCGAAUGGCGACACUUUAGAGGGUCACUUCAGUGGGGAGUGGAGCACGGGCUUGAAAGUGGACGGAAUUUACACCAAACUCGCCGCUGAUGAGAUUGAAGACAAGGACAGGAAGAAUUUUCUGUUGGGCCAGUAUGUGGUGGAUGCAGAAGUGAGAUGGGUCUGCGUUUUCGACGAAUGCUGGAGGCGACUGGGCUGCGACGUCGCUGGCAGAGGAGAGAGGAUGACAGCCUGGGAGAACAUUGCUAUUUGUAUUUCAAGUGCACGUCAACACAGCCCGGACCUCAGCCGAUAUCAGAGCAAAGUUCUGGAGUCUUUGGAGUGCAUUCCUCACCCCACGGACGCAGUCACCACCACAAGUUACGAGAACAUACGAAAAUACCUCGCCAAGGCAUGCGAGACCCCGAUCCACCCGCUGGGCUGGCUGGUGGAGACGCUGGUGACGGUCUACAGGAUGACCUACUUGGGGGUGGAGUCCAACCACCGGCUGCUCAGGGAGGCCGUGAAGGAGCUGCAGGCCUACGUCAAACACUUCUACUCCAUUGUCAGGUUCCUGUUUCCUGGCUUACCAGAAGAUGGCAGCGUCCUGCCAGAUACUCCCGUAUCGCCGUGUAGAAUCCGAUGCAGCUCGUUUUCAGAAGAGCCAAGCUUUGUCUCGGUGGUGAGCUGCUCCGGUCUGCUUCUCCCGCUUUUGCUCCCUCAACUCUACCAACCUCUGUUCAUGUUGUACUGCCUCCACGACGAACAGCAGGAGGCCCAAUACUGGGAGCGCAUCCUCCGACUCAACAAGCAGCCCGAUCAGUCCCUGCUGGGCUUUCUGGGCGUUCGCCAGAAGUUCUGGCCGAUGUGGAUGUCUGUCCUCGGGGAGAAAAAACAGAUUGUAUCCAGCAGUAAAGACGUCAGCUUCGGUUGCGCUGUGGAGACACUCCAACAAAUCAGCACCACUUUCACUCCUUCGGAGAAACUCCUGCUCAUCCAGAACACCUUCGAGGAGUUGACCCAGGAAAUCAAACCGAUGCAGGACGGGGAGUUCCUGUGGUGCAUGGACGACCUGCUGCCGCUCUUCCUCUACAUCGUCGUUCGGGCAAAAAUCAGGAACUUGGGCGCUGAAGUGAGCCUGAUAGAAGACCUGAUGGAUCCCAACGUUCAGCACGGAGAGCUGGGACUCAUGUUCACCACGCUCAAGGCGUGCUACAUGCAGAUCCAGAUGGAAUCGAUGACAUAGAAGUGAGCAAGAUGAACGGAAGCCCAAGUUCAAGCUGCCAAGCAGUCCUACUAUGCAAUACCACUACCAAGUACGUUUCUACACUUUUCACGUGAGGUUCUCAACUUCAAAUCUUUUUUUUUUAUUUUGAUUUUUGGACCAAUGGGAUCGCAUUGUGGCUCUCGCCCGAACGAACGUACACUUUCUAAGGUCUCAGGGAUUUCCAAGCACACACAUAUUACGAUCCGAAGUGUCUUCAUACUGAUGUUGUAUCACAUUGAUUAUUUUUUUAAGGAAUGGGAGAAAAAUACUGCUGACUAUUUGCAUUUUGAAGCAAAAUAAUAAUAGUAAUAACUGGCUCUGCUUGUUUCAGUAGUUAACUGUUUUUUUUUUUUUUUUUGUUUUGUUUGUUUUUUAACAUUUCACUUGGUUGCAAAGCGAAUGCAUACUUGCAUUCCUUUCCAAACUAGCUUGAGAAAUAAUAUCUCGUCACCGUCGGGCACAAUCGUGAAAUCUCCAAGAUCAAAAUGAGGUUUAAUAACUUAUCAUAUUGUCUAAAAAUGCGUUUAAGUAGUUCAAUUGAAAAAGUGAAACUGUUGCGCUGACGUAUUUAAUAUAACACGGAAAAAAUGUACUACUUCAUUUCUACAUUUCAAAAUUAUUCUCAUGAAUUUGGAGUUUUCGUUAGCUUUAAGCUAUUAAGCUAUAUUUAUCCGAAAUCUAAAAAAAAAAAAAAAGAUAUUUUAUUCUGUGUCUUAUUACAUAUCGAAUAUGAGUUUCACUUUUUGAAUUCAGCUACGGUAUUGAAAUGAAUGAAGUUGUGCGCAGUAUUCAUAAUUAUUUACUCAAAAAUGGGAAGCGCUUCUACUGUAUUUCUGUCUUUCAGUCUUUAAAUGAUAAUAAUUUUAUGAACUUUUGGUUGGGUGCAUUUCAUGCAAUUUUUUUUUUUUUUUUGCACACGUAGCCGUCGUGGACAAAUUAUGUGGACAAAUGAACAAAAUUAAGCACUUUUUUUUUCAUGUUCUCACUGUGUUAACAUGCAACCGUAAAUUUAAUUUUGUUCAACAAAGUACAUCGGUCACAGUCAAGCGCUAUACAUUCAUAUAAUAUCCUGCAUAUAAUGUAUUUUGUUUUUUUUGCCACAUUGUAUCUUUUAAUUUGUGCACUUUUUUUUUUAGAACUCACAAAAUACAUUUCGGGUAUUAACAGGAGUUACUGUAUUAAGUGGAGUACUUGAAUGCACAUUGAUGAAUGUAUCACAUAUUUCACACGUUAAGAUUUAAAAAAGUUCAGCACGCAUUUCAAAUGUGUUAGACGGAAUUUAUCCAUCAGAUUAUUUUUACCAUAUUUUCAUAGAAAAUGUAGUAUAUAAGAAGAGACAAUUUAUCGCAAGAGAAAUAAAGUAUUUGUUUAAAAAUGUGUGAAAUGAACAAUAGGAUUUCUUGUAUACUUGAGAUUAUUUUUGGAAAAGCAGAUGCCACAAACACUGUACAUUAAUUACUAAAGCACGCCUAACACUUAACAUAUCAAAUGUGUAACUUUUGAUUGACACCUUAAUUAAAAGAUUUUUGUGAUUUUUGCA